GCGCGGGGACCCGCCGCCGACGCACUUCCUGCGGGCGUGGCCCCCGCCGGGGGUGGGGGGGGGAGCGGUGGAGGAAGCGUAGGAGGGUGGCGUGGGCAGGGCGAGGGUCGGAGGGCUGGUGGCUCUGUCCUCCCGACCUCUUCGCUGAGGUGUAAUUCACGUGCCACACGUACAAAAUUCGCCCGUGCCGUCUGUCAGCUCUAACCGAUGUGCAGGGUUCUACAGCCGCCCCGCGUGCCCGCGCGCGCCACCUGCUGUGUGGGGCGUUUCCUACGCGCACCGUGGACACGCGACAGCGCUGCGCGCCCGAGGCCUUUCACGAGCUGGGGCGUCCGUGCGCACUGCCAGGCUCUGGGACCGCGGGCGAGCGCUUCGCUGCCCUCCCUGGCACCGCGUCCUCGGCCGCUCCUAUGCGGCGGCGGAAGGAGACUUCCUGGGUGCAGAACAGCGAGACCGGGAGGACCGGGCCGGGGUCCGGGUGUAGGUUUGGGGUGGGAAGGGGGCCGCCCGCAUCCCGCGGGAACCCCUGGUGAGCGGCCCGGCCGGGCUCGCGGAGGCACAGGGACGCCCGCGAGGGUCGGCGGCGCCUGGCUGCGUUGCGCUCCCGGCCGCAGGGGGCGUCCGGAGCGCGGCCCAAAGCCCUCCGCGGGUUGCUAGGCUGCCAUUUGGCGCUAAGAUGGGUGAGGCGCUGAUUGGUGGGGUCUGGACGAGGCGGCUGUCGGGUGUCGCAGCGACUGGGCCACAAAAAGCGUACCCCGGAGCUGUCGUCGCCAAUUGGCCCCGAGAGCACCGGAAAUGCCUGCGCACUGGACAAAAGAGACUGCACUCAAAGGCCGGGGGCACCGCUCAUUGGGCCGACGCUGGAGGCGUGUCUCGACCCGUUCGGUGACUGGGCGUGGGCCUAGCAGAGACAGCACCGGCGCGGUGAUUGGACGCUGGGACCCAGCGGCCGCGGCGCGCAAUCCGAGGAAAGUCAGCGCGAGCUGCAUGGGGCGGCGGCGGCGCAGGGUGGACCGGGGAGCCGCGGUCGGGGCCUUGCCCGAGGCCAUCGCCGCGCUGAGUCGGACGCUGCCCGCUGGGCCCAGCCCCGAGAUCUUCCGCCGCGCCAAGUUCGACCGUCCGGAGGCGGCCCCGGCGCUCUGGCAGCUGCUCUUUCGCGUGCUCUCGCCGCUGUCAGCCAACGGCGCCUCGGCGCCCGCAGCCCAGGAGGCCCAAGUCCGAGUGGUGAAGUCGGAGCUGCACUCCCAGGGCUACCCCAGGCGGGCGCUGGCACAGCUCCCUGAGGACGGCUCCCAGGGCAGUCGCGAGCUUCUGCUGGCCUUGGCCUGGCUCCUGGCCCGCGGGCCCCUGCUCGAGCGGCUGCUGGCCCAGACCCGCGUGCGGCUGGGCGACGAGAUACCCCUGUGCGAGUGUGAAGCCCUGGCCAGGCCUGGCCCCCCUGUACCCCGUGUGGAAGCAGAUGGCCCUGUGGACAUACGCCACUUGCAGUGGCUGAUGGGAAAGCUGCGGUUCCAGUGGCGGAAGCUGAUCACCAGUCAGCAGGAGCAGUGUGCCCUCCUGGGCAAGAUCCACUCAUACACCCGCGGCUGCCACAGUGACCGCAGCCUUGGCCACCUGUCUGUUGCUGAGACCGAGCUGCUCAGGGACGCGGAGGGCGGCCAGCAGGUUUCUGGAGGGGUUGCUGGCAGAAGCCCGGAUCGGUGUACCCAAAGAGCCCGCACUCUUGGGAUGGGUCCCAGAAGCUUCUGGGGUGAUCUAUGGUUGCUGUGUGAGUGGCCAGGCGUGCUGCAGAGUAGCUGGACAGUGAGCGUGCUUGACCCUGGAAGGAGCAGUGCCUGUGGCCUGGAUGCACCUCCCCGGUCGCUGCUUCGGAGGCUGGAGAGCGAGAAUGUGCGCCUGGAGGCAGCCCUGCAUUGGAGGCGCCAGGAGCUGGUCUUCUGGCGGUGGAUGGACACAGUCCUGGGCACCUGCCCUCCAGAGGCCUCGCAGCCCACGUUUGUGCCGCGGAUCCCCGAGCGGGGGGCUGGCGAGUGGGAGCUGGUGGCCCGCGAGCUGCAGGCCCUACAGGAGGAGUUGCGGGGAGCUGCGGAGCCCCGGCGGGCAGCCUGGGAGGCCAGGGUUGGAGGCUGGGGGCCCGAGUGGAGUGCGGUGCAGCGGGCCUCACGGGAGGCCGUGGGACUCGAGCUGGCAGCUCUUCAGCGGGCCUGGGAGCGAGGUGGGGCCGCAGCCCAGCCCCACGGGCCCUGCCGGCUGGUGAAGAGUGACGCCGGAGCCUCGGGGGGCCCAGGCCUGCGGGCGGCCCAGGUGAUUGAGGUGCUGAGGAGCCGGGAGGCCUGCCUGGAGGCAGUGCUGUGCCAGCUGCAGAGACAGUGUCGGCAGGAACUGGCCAGGCUGGCGGGAGCCCUGCCCGGCCUCAUCUGGAUCUUGCCACCCGGUCGUUGAGGCCCUGUGCCCGCCUCGAGGGGGACCUGCCCUGACCGGCCCCCGGUUGGGCCUCGGAGGGGCAGAUUUCAGGGUGGUGGCAGGGACGACGCAGACACAGGGCCCCAGGCAUGGUCUCCCUGAGCCCUGGGGCUGUCCCCACCUGGGGCAGAGCCCAGCCCCUUGGCUAGUAAUACUGGGGGCAGGCAUGACAGGCCCAGUGUGGA